AUGGGGAGGACUGGGGAUGAUGGGGAUGGAGGUGUGAGAAAGAUUCGGAUUGGUAUUUUGGAUGCGUAUUUCGGUCUUGAUGAUUCGCCUGGAGAUCUGUCUGAGGAUGUUGUAAAGGAAAAUGGUAUUAUUCAGGAUAUCAUUAACCAGGCUUUGGCUUCUAUACAGACCGAAGCUGGCUCGGAUAUCGAAUUGGUCCAUAUCACCCCUACCAGCCAUCCGAACUGGAGUUUCGCAACUCUCUACUCCACGGCCGAUACACAAAUCUACGAGUUCCAGCAACGACUAGAUACAUUCCUGCAAUCACCGACUGUCAUAUCACCAUAUACCUCGCUAAAGCAAAUCGCAGAAAGCGGGGAAUAUGAUCGAAAUGCCGUGACCGAGGUAUUCACUGCGCCGCUGAAAGAUCCAGAGACAUUUUCACUGGGUAGUCCUGGGCAUCAGGCUCGUUUGGAGAGGAUAUCUGUGUUGAAGGACUCUGUUAGGAGGGUGUUUGAAGAGAAUAAGAUUGAUGCACUGGUUUAUCCGCAUCAGAGGCAGUUUGUUGCGAAGAUUGGGACGUGUGUGCAGCCGAGGAGGAAUGGGAUUCUGGCUGCUUUGACGGGGAGGCCGGCUAUUUGUAUUCCUGCUGGGUUUAGUCCUCCGACUUCUUCUGCGGUGCAGGGUGUGCCGGUUGGAUUGGAGUUGAUGGGGAGAGUUGGUUGUGACGAGGAGUUGUUGGAUCUUGCGGAGAGAAUUGAGGGUAUUCUUCAGCGGAGGAAGUCUCCGGAUUUGAAUUGGAUCGAGGAAGGUAUCUAG